AUAUUGGAUCAGAAAGAUACACAUUGAGCUUCACCUUGCGGGAUUCCCCAGCCCACUUUGUAAAUGUCAUCUCGUGGGUCAAGGAAGGAUACAUCAGUUUGCUUUCCAAAAGCUUCUGGUUUGGCAGGUGUGUGGUCAUUGAAAAUCCACUGGUGCAAAGAAAGGACAUAGAAAGAGAAGAAAAAUUCAGCCCAGCAACUCCAAGCACCUGUAAACUCUUGCUCAGCAAGAACCACUCCACAGUAAGAGUCUGUCCCAGGUACAAGGUGAACACCACACUGCUUUCCUUGGUCCACCUGCCAGUGAAAGAGCAUCAUGAUUAUUACUCUCUGGGUGACAUUGUCGCAAAUGGACAAAGUCUCAACGGGAAGAUUAUCAGUGUGCUGGCGGCAGUGAGAUCGGUUGGAGAGCCCAAGUCAUUUACUACUUCAGAUCGCAGGCAAGGCCAGAGGUGUGAAGUGAAGCUCUAUGAUGAUACAGAAACUUCCUUCACAAUGUUGUGUUGGGACCACGAAUCUAUUCUGCUGGCGCAGAGCUGGGUGCCUCGAGAAACAGUGAUUUUUGCUGCAGAUGUAAGAAUAAGUUUUGACAAAUUUCGGAGCUGUAUGACAGCAACUGUAAUCUCAAAAACUAUUAUUACAACCAACCCAGAUACACCAGAAGCUAACAUCCUACUGAACUUUAUAAGAGAAAAUACAGAAAUCAGAACUCCAGAUAUGGAAAUUGACAAUUAUCUGAAGGAAUCUAUAAAUAUAAACACAAUAUCUGAUGUCUACACCGUGAAGCAGAUAAAGGGGAAAACUUUGAAGGAGGAAGAUAAAGCAGAUCCUUUUUGUGGCAUUCUUUACGCUUACAUUUCUGCUCUGAGCAUCGAUGAUGAAACAACAAAAGUAGUUCGAAAUAGAUGUUUGCACUGUGGUUACCUUGUAAAUGAAGCGUCCAAUACUUGUACAACUUGCAACACAGACUCUUCGGCAUUUCCAGUUGUCUCCCCUAGCUUUGAUAUACUGGUUGACCUCACUGACCACACAGGCACCCUCCACUCAUGCAGCCUCACUGGAUCUGUCGCUGAGGAAACGCUAGGCUGCACGGUUAAUGAGUUCCUGGCAAUGACUGAUGAACAGAAGACAGCAUUAAAGUGGCAGUUUCUACUGGAAAGAAGCAAAAUUUACUUAAAAUGCAUUCUGUCUCCCAGAGCCAGGGACAGACUCCGAGCUCAAGUGCUUGCCUGUAAACUGGCAGAUCCCACAGAGGCAAGUGCAAGCUUGUCUGGACAAAGAAGUUAA